UCUUCUUCGUCUUCUUCUUCUUCUUCUUCUUCUUCUUCUUCUCAUGACUGUAUCCUCAUCCAUUUGAUUACUCCAAUAGUUUGUAUCAUUUCCUGAUCCUUAUGUCUCUCGAUCCCGAACCAGAACUCGAACUCAACCAACACCGACAACACCUUCUCCAUAACCACCCUCUCAACCAGUCCACCAACUCAUCCCUCUCAUCACCACCCACCUCAACCUCCCCCUCACCCAUCUCCCCCUCAUUCUCGACAACCAACUACAAGCAGUCAAUCCGAGAGCACCAUCACCAACACACAUUCGACCACUACCCAUUACUCGAUCACCUCCAACUGCACCAUCUGCCCCAGCACCCCAACCACCACCAUCAACCCAUCCAUCCAUCGCCAGUCGACUCUAACCCCAACUCAAAAAACCAAUCACUCGACUCAACCUCCUCUCAAGACUCAUUCCACCACCACCACCACCACCACUACCAUCCAGAAUCCGAUCAAGCCAACUCAUCCACUCAAUCCCCCGAUCAACAAUCCCCCAGUCUUAAGAAGAACCCUUCAUCCUUCGACUCCCUCUCAUCCUCACAGCACCCCCACUCAUCAACCCCUGAUGCCAACCCCCGCUCGCAAGCUAACACCGAUCCAUUCUUCUCAGCCUCAGAUUCCAAUCAGCCCUCAGAUCAAAACACCUCUCCUCUCAUUCCAACCAACACUCACCCUCAACUCAUCACACCCCCUUCGACCAGAAGAACUCUCCCCAGUCCAAUGUCUAAAACCAGCCAGCGAGUCUACCCUAUCAAGAGUCUCGUCAAAGUAAAAAACACCCCCAACGUCACCCCAUCCUCCUCACCAGCAUCACUCAAGAACAACAAGAACAACAACGAUAACAACAGUGACAAUAAUAACAAUAAUAACUCAAACAACAACAACAACAACACCAACAACAACACCAACAACAACAACAACAACAACAACAACAACAACCGAUUCAAAUCCAAUCACUCAACCCAACCCUUCACAUUCCCAAACACUAAACAAUCAUCUCCCAUCUCACCCCCUCCUCCUGAUCGUCCUAACGAACUCAGUCAGAGUACCAGCUCGUCAUCCACCGGUCAUCGUCCCCGUUCGAGUGGUAGUAACAGUAGCGGGGUCUCCUCAUCCACUCGAAGCCGUCGGAACGACUGUUUGCCAUCAAUAGCCGAACAGAGCGGCAGCAGUCAUGGCUCAGAACAGAGUCAAUAUUUCGAAAAGAUGGGCAUCGGCCGUGCCCGAAGGAGCUCGGCAACCCGAUUCUUCCUUCCAACCAACAACGAUCCCUCAUCCAUCCCGAUGGCUUCACAUCCCUCUCACUCUCAUAGCCGCCAGAUGGCCUCCUCUGCCAACAACAAACAGGCUCCUGCCUCGAUGGCACUGGCCAGACUCAGAAGAAAGGGUAAAGACUUUAGCGGCGAUAGCGUCGAAGUACUUUCGAUUUUGAGUCAAUUGAAUAGCCAAUUCGAUAAGGCCGAAGAUAUGCCGACUUUCCUCAAGAUGGCUGUCGGUUUGGUUAGGGAGCUCACGGGCUUCGAUCGUGUGAUGAUCUACAAGUUUGAUGAAUCUUGGAAUGGACAAGUCGUCGCCGAACUGGUUGAUUGGAAGCGCACUCGCGAUCUCUAUCGAGGCCUCCGAUUUCCAGCAUCAGCUAGAGAGUUAUACAAGAUAAACAAAGUCAGGAUGCUGUACGAUCGUGAUCAACCGACUGCUAGGUUGAUGUGUAAGUCUCAAGAGGAACUUUCGAAACCGUUAAAUAUGACUCAUUGUCACUUGAGAGCAAUGAGUCCCAUUCACAUCAAGUAUCUGGCUAACAUGGGAGUCAGAUCAUCAUUUUCGAUCUCGAUCAUAAUGAAUGAUGAAUUGUGGGGAUUGAUAUCCUGCCAUAGCUACGGCAGAUUUGGGCAGAGAGUCACCUUCCCAACUCGCCACUUUUGUACGAUGUUGGGCGAUACGGUCUCAAGGAAUAUCCUUCGCUUGAAUUUAUCACAACGUCUACAGUCGCGUAAAUUAAUCAACACAACCUCGACAUCAAAGAAUCCAUCAGGUUAUAUCGUCGCCAAAGCCGAAGACUUACUGUGGUUGUUCGAUGCUCAAGCUGGAGUACUUUCGAUCGGUGAGGAGGCUAAAAUCUUGGGUGUCGUCUCGAAUUCUCAAGAAAUUCUUGCCAUCCUAGAGUAUCUCAGAGUGAGAAAAUUUGACACUAUCCAAGUUUCCACGGACAUUAAUCAAACUUUCCCAGAUAUAGAAUAUCCAGGUGGAUUUGAAUCAAUUUCAGGCCUGUUGGUGAUUCCUUUGUCAAGGAGCGGUCAGGACUUUAUUUGUUUUUUUAGACCAGCUCAGUCCAAAGAGAUCCAUUGGGCUGGAAACCCACACGAAAAACUUUUCAAGGACGAUAAGAAUUCUAACAUAUUGGAACCUAGAAAAUCUUUCAAAAUUUGGUCUGAGACUGUUAAAGAACGAUCAAAGGCAUGGACUGACGAACAGUUAGAAACCGGCUCGGUCUUGAGUCUAGUUUAUGGAAAAUUCAUUGACGUUUGGAGACAGAAAGAAGCAGCUGUACAAAACAAUCAACUUCAAGCUCUACUCCUUUCAAACGCCAGUCACGAGGUUAGGACGCCACUACAUCAGAUCUUGUCUACUUUAGAACUCGCACUUGACGGCCAACUCGAUGAAGAUACACGAGACAAUUUGUCGAAAUCUUAUUCAGCGUCAAGAGCCUUGGUACAUGUGAUCAAUGAUCUCUUGGACUUGACAAAGGCUGAACAAGGUGGUGAUUUGUUCUCAAGAGAUCCAUUCAAUUUGCCAUCAACUCUUCAAGAGGCCGUUUCAAUUCACCACCGUGAAGCCGAGCGGAAAGGACUGGCAUUUGAAAUGGUCGAGGAUCCUCGUGGGGCGCCUGUAAUCCUCCAAGGAGACCGAGCACGGCUCCGUCAGGUUGUCUCGAACUUGGUCGGAAACGCUGUAAAGCAUACCACCGAAGGCCUUAUUCAUGUUCAAUGGGGCUUUGAGCCCCAAGAAACUGUGCAGCCCGAUCCUCAGGAUCAGAAUUUAAUGUCGGAAGACAUUGUUAGAAUUUCUGUUGCUGUGACUGAUACCGGCAAAGGAAUUCCUGAAGCUCAGCUUGAAAACAUCUUCCGUGCUUUUGAACAAGUCGGUUCAGGAGAAUCGCAGGAUGAUCGUAUGUGUGAGUCAAUUGGCCUCGGGCUUGCCGUUGUUGGCCGAGUUGUGCACAACAUGGGUGGGCAGUUGAGGGUCGAUUCAACCGUGAACCAAGGUUCAAAGUUUACAAUCACCUUACCUUUCGUGGUGCCCAAGAAUAACAACUCGCGGGGCUCGACUGCUAGGAACUCUGACGAUUCUAGCAAUGUCAGGUCGCAUGGUUCGGACUCGUUUCGAAGCAAACACAGUGGUAAAAUGCAGUCCAGUCGGGGGAGUCAAGGAAGCAACCAUGGCUCGAUAGGCACAUCGAGCAGUGGAAUCGAUGAGAUUGUGGACGCGAUAACUGGUGAAAGCAGCGGCCGAAACUCAUCAGAAGCUCCAUAUUCACCCCGCUUGGCCAGCUCCUUUCAAAACCGGAAAAGCCCCCGCAAGUCGAUCAGCUUUGGCUCGACCGAAGGCUCGAAAGGUAGCGGAAGUGCGCAUUCACUAGGUAGCAACAUGGGUGGAGAGAUGUCACGCCGUCGAAUCAGUUCAGCAUCUAAUCAGAGCCUCUCUAGCAAAAGUCAUAAUAUUGCUGAAAGCCACAGGAGAUUGCCCAAGGGUACACCGGCUUCGCCACGCAUGGCGACUAAUGAUGGACCAAGUAAAACUAAACAAGUGACGCCCCAAGAAGACAUUUCCAGAAGGCAUUCAACCAAGCCUAGAACCACCGAGCCUUCUCAACCCCUCUCACCGUCUUCCAAUAAGCCUAAAAAAGAUAGGAACGCAUUUGCCUCGAAGAUCGAAAGACCGUCGAUUCAUACGAUCACUGAACCAGGAGAACCUUCUUCAUCGACUCUCACACCCGAGCGUGCAAAGCGUCUUCAAGCAGAUGACACAAACCUUUGAGUCCCAAUCCGGUCCAACACAUUAGCGAUUACCAAAAACCUUAAUCGUAACCAA